AUGCAUAGCCUCAACUGCAUUUCAACGUCUCUUGCUUUUCGAGUUAUGCCCUACAAAUGCUCGGGACCGCAACCUCCCAUAUCGGUAGACCCCGACAUCACUGGUCAAGGGGUAAUUGCAAACUAUGUCGCAACAGCCGGUAUUGCAGUGCUGCUCAUUAUCAUACACUUCUUCGUGGUUUACGAACCAGCUCUGGAUCCGUUUAGGAAGACAGAUUACCCUUUAAACCAGUCAUAUCGUCCCAACCCAAUAGACACAAUAAUCCUGCGGACCGUGCGACGUAUACCUAAGCGGUUGAUGGGCGCUCGCAAGGUCCGCGUUAAUUCCCAAGUCGGGAAAGGCUUUACUGAGUGCAUCCUUGCAAUGAGUGACCUCCAAAUUGUAACUGGACUCUCGAUACUCAUAAGUGGGUAUACGCAACUUCCACAGGGCCUUUCAUCCUUCCACUGGAUGGUUAUCGUCGAUCUGGCCUGGUUUUCUAGUCUUACUCAUUUGGCGUGUCUGACACUUCUCCGAAACCAUCUGUACAACCAUUCGAUCCAGCGCAUAUGGAGACUGCUUUGUAUGGCUGUUCUGGUCAUACUCCUGACUGUGGCGCUCUCAUUCACGGGUGGGUAUGAUUGGACUUCCUUGCAUAGGUCCGACUCUGUCAACGAAGACAUGGCAUUCAGUGUCAUUAGACCCGCGAGGUGCCAGAUGGGCUCUGGUCCGAGAUCAACCGUGACGUACUACGCAAUGGUUUUCUCCAUACUGCUGAUGGUGUUUGGGUUUGUGGCCCGUAUAGUCAAAUCGCAUAAGACUAUUUCCGUGGGUGUAUGCGGAAAAGCUAGAGCUAAGCUCGGCAUGCAAGCGCGUCGUUUGUUAAGCAUCGCUUUCAGUUGGUGCUGUUUCGGUAGCUCCCGCAAGAGCCUGAAACGUACGCUUUUCUACCGUCCUCUGCUGACGACCUUUUUCGUGGCACGUCUCUUCCUAGAUGGGUGGUCCUCGAUGUUUCUAGAAGUGUCCUGGCUAGUAGCCGGGUUCGCUUGGGGUACCAUCCGUCUAUUCGGAGUGCUGGGAAUCGUUGGGAGACAUGUGUAUGAAAACAACAGGAUCUCAGGAUUUACAAUGGUACAGGACUCUGAUGAGAGAGAAGCCGGCUGGGGGUUUGGACAGGUCGUGGCCCUCGUUUUACUGCUUGCGCCUCUGAUCACAAUCGUCAAGUACUUCACUCACGAUGACGAACAACCCGAGAUAGCCACAAGCUACAGUGCAUCAUCCCACUUUGAGUCCCAGCCGAUGAGUCCGAAUACUUCCACGCAUGGAACCUCUAGGAAGGCAGAUGAUCCCGACAGCAACUUGGAUGAUCAUGUCCAGACUCUCGGCGCAGUAAUACUUUAUUUCCUGCUCAUGUGCCUUCUCAUGUUGGUCCUUGUCUGCUACGCGAGCAACACGCCCAACCUCCUAGACGGGCUGAAAUCCUUUUCCCUACCUAUUGCCAUUGCAUUGGUUGGUAUCUGGGGGGUUGUUCUUUUCUCAUUGACAAUUGAAUUUGAUCUGUCCCAUAUACCUUUACGGUUCCAAAGACUCCUGCACAUGGUCAAUAUUCUGUUUUUUAUAUUUAGUGCGUUCUUCGCCCCUUUGCGAGGAACGAUGCAAAAGAAUUGGGUUGGCACUUACUCGUUCUUGCUAUUCGCCGCUGGGUUUUAUAUCUUGUGUGCUGUCUUCUAUCGGAUUCAUGGUACCUCUUGA